UGCACUGAGCGACUUGGCGGCGCGCAGCGGUGAGCCGUUAUAAGAACCCCGCAGAGAAGCGACUCCACAAGACGCAGCGCUCCCUGAGACUUUCCCCUUGAACAGAGCCCAGAGGAGGAGCCUUACUUCUGACGCAGGGCACCCAUCCACACCCCCAUCCACACCCCCAUCCACACACCCCACAGAAGCAUGGUGGACUACUACAUAAUUCUUGGAGUGCAGAGGAACGGGUCGGCGGACGAGAUCAAAAGAGCGUACCGAAAGCUGGCGUUACAAUGGCACCCGGACAAGAACCCUAACAACAAGUGCGAGGCAGAGAGGAAGUUCAAAGAGCUAGCAGAGGCCUACGAGGUGCUGUCGGACGUCACCCAAAGGACCACGUAUGACCGCUAUGGAGCAGAAGGAAUGUCAGGCAGGAUGGGCGGUGGAUGCGGAGGAAGUUCAGGAGGCCACUAUGAGGCUCACUAUAGUAGUAGCAGCUUCGCAUUCCGUAAUCCACAGGACGUUUUCAGGGACUUCUUCGGUGGUGCGGAUCCGUUUGCAGAUUUCUUCGAUGACAACUCCUGUCAUGGGGGCCUCCACGGGGGUCUUGGAGUUCACCAUGGGGGGCUGACCCACAGCUCCGGCGGAUCCUACUCCCAAAGCUUCAGCUCCAGCUCAGGGUUUAAUUCUGGGUCCACAUUGGGGCAGUUGGGAGGGAUCGGUGGCGGGUCUAUCGCCUCAUUUGGCUGCGGGGGAGGGGGAGGGGCGAAUGCCAAAUCAGUCUCAACCUCCACCAAGUUCAUCAACGGCAGGAAGAUCACUACCAGGAGGAUCGUGGAGAACGGCCAGGAGAGGAUUGAGACGGAGGAGGAUGGUCAACUCACGUCUGUGACAGUCACCGAUGUAGAAGAGGGGGAUGUGUGGGGGGGCUUUUGGAGACCGGUUCCCUUCCUCCCCCUUCCCCCUCCCCCCCAGCUCCUUCUCAGACACUCAACCUUCGACCCCAGAGGAGAGGAGGAGCACCACAACAGAGGGUAUCUGGACACAAGGAGGAAGAAGUUGUGCUUAAAGGAACCUGACUCCCGGAGGAGGAGACUCUUCCCCCGCUUCGGUGCAUUCGGCUCCUGGUUUUAGAAGCAGCCCAACAAGACGCACUGGGCCUGUCUGGCUGGCCUGCCUGUCUGUGCCUGUGUGUCUGUUUAUCUCUCUGUCCGUCGGUCCGUUGAUGUUGUGCUUCAGCAGCUGACUUUAAAUCCCAAAGUAUACGACGCAUGACUGUAGCGACUGUGUUUUUUUGGCCACUUCAAAUAGCUCUUAAGUCUAUUUAGGACGGGAAAUUUCAUAAAGAUUAUUUUGUGUCUGUUGGCGAUGCCACCGUUUGACCCUGUAGCCUCCUGGACAAAGAACUUCAACUUUGAACCAUAAUCGACUGUCUCAUCAAUCAUCCCUCUCUCUCUCCUCUCUUCUGAUUGGAUGGUUCCCCGAGCCAGGUUGGGAGGGGGUGAGGGGUGGGGG